GCAAUCCUCUGUCGGCGCACAACUCGCCCACAUCCGCAAACCUCACCACAGUCCACUCCCUAUCGCCCAUUUCCCGAUCAAUCCCACUAUAACCCGCGAAUCGCAUCCGCUACCUCACAUCAUGCUGCUUCCCUCCGCUCUUUCCUGCGACGUACCGCGACCGUCGAGCCGAUCGCGUCUCACUCCUAAUCGCUUGAUCUCAACACCCCCACCGUCCGACGACGACUCUGUUCCUUCAGGCAACGGCCUCCUCGGAACUUGUCGCGCAUUACAAUCACUGCUACAUGGAUCACCCGCGCCUACCCGCCACAGCGCGAUGCGCCAGCGGCUGCAGAGCCCUGUCCAGAUCCGACCCACAAUAUUCGCGCGAUCGCAGAAGCCAUCGUCGCGCCAACAAGAGAGCCAACACAUGCAGGCAUCUGCCUCUCGAAUAACUCCACAAAGCCCCUCAACCGGCGCACUCAAGCGUCGCCGUGAUGCGUUCGAGUCGGAGACCGAGGACGAUCUACCCCCUAUCACUACCAUUAGUCGCGGGAUCAACCCUGAGACGGCAUCGACAGACGCCACGGGUCGGUUGCAGCGCUUCACCACCCCCAAACGACAGAAACACAUUCCUCACGACUUGCCCCUCGGCUUAUCGCCAUCCGACUUUUACUCUCUUCAUUCACCCCCGGUGUCGCAAUCCCCCGCGUCACCUGCGCAUUCGCGCAAUCCCGCGGCGGCCCUGGUUCGCAACCCACCAAGUGCAAGCGCCGCGCGCCCAUAUAAUCCCGACACGGCGCUCCCAUCAAUAGAGGAAUCAGACCCCGUGCUGUCAGCAUCGACAGCCAGCAGUCCCGAUCUCCCUUGGACCGCCGAGGAUGAUGAGCGUCUCGUCGACUUCAUACUUGCCAAGUUCCAAUUGUCGCAGCGUGACCGGGACGACUGUGCGCAGCAAUUAGGCAAGGACCAGGCGUCCGUGGAACGCCGAUGGCAGGCCUUGCUCGGCAAUGGGAACAUCGGCCUCUGUCGUGGCGGUCGCAAAGUCCGUCGGCGACUUGACAAGAGCUGCAUGUGAGAAUGUGUCUGCUCGGCUGUACUCUUUCAUUUUUUCGAUUUUCGACACGAACUUUUACUUUCUCAUCACCUCCUUGACGG